CUGAUGCCAAGUAAUAACGGGUCCCAUUCUGUAACAGAAAUGGUGUUGGACUCGGAGCUAAUCGCCCGCCUCUGGGAGUUCUUAGACGAAUCCGACCUGAACACCACCACCACCGCAAUUGUACGGCGGAGAUUGGAGCAGGAUUUCGGUAUCGAUUUGACGGACAGAAAGAAGUUUAUUAGAGAGCAAGUCGAUUUAUCUCUUCAAAACCAGUUCGAAAAUGCCAAAGAACAACAAGAACAAGAUUAUCAGACGGACAAAAUUAAAUCAGAGGAAACCGACGGCUCUGAUUCGGACGACGCAGAGGAGGAAACUGAAAGAGCGAGGAAUAAAAGGGCCUCUUCAAUAAAACGGUCAGUUCUUAACUAA